AUGGAGGACUCUACUGUGACCUACGAGGAGCUCAAUGACCUGAGCGCUGAGUUCGAUGAUGCGGAGACGGAGCUGAUCCGCCAAGAUGUUCUGGUUAAGGCGCCUCUGUACGAGAAGCGCCACAAACUGGUCGCCCAGAUCCCCAACUUUUGGCCGCUGGUCUUCGAGCAGGCAGCGCCAGACAUCGACGAGUUCAUCCAGCCCUCGGACUCGUCUCUGCUACUCACCUCGCUGGCGUCUCUGUCCGUGUCCCGCUUUGAGAUGGACAAUGGUGGACAGGGCGACCCCAGGAGCCUGUGUUUCCGGUUCGAGUUCAACGAGAAUGAGCACUUCGAAGACACAAUGCUGGAGAAGAAGUUCUGGCAGAGAAGGUCCAAGUCUGGCUGGUCAGGCCUCGUCAGCGAGCCGGUCGAGAUCCGCUGGAAAAAGGGCAAAGACCUGACAGGUGGCCUGCUGGGCACGGUGAAGAAGGUUUGGGACGCACGCCAGACAAAGGCCAAGAAUGGUCACCCCAACAAUCCCCAAGAGCUGACGCCGGAUGAGAGGGCGCUCAAGAAGAAGAUCGAAAACACAGGUCUCGGUGGAAUGAGCUUUUUUGCGUGGUUCGGUUACGUUGGUCGUAAUGUGUCAGCGGCAGAGAGCCAGGAGGCUGCCGAGAAGGCACUCAGAGAGCGACUUGCCCGACAAGCAGGCAGUGGGACGGCCAAGAGUAAUGUCACCGACGAUGGGAACAGUGACGAUGAUGACGAUGACACUGAUGAGGAAGACGAGCUGGAGAUCUUCCCAGAGGGAGAAAAUCUGGCCAUUGCCCUAUCUGAGGAUCUUUGGCCCAAUGCCAUCAAGUACUUCACCCAGGCACAGGAGCAGGACGAGGUCAGCGAUGAUGAUUUCGAGUCUGAUGCAGGGGACGACAAGGAUGCUGAGGAAGAAGAGGCCUACUCAGACCAGGAGCCACCACCAGCCAAGAGGCUCAAGACUUGAGAAACGCAUCUGAACAGAGGGGGGAAUUUUUCUCCAACAUUGUCACAUUCGUCGAGAGGGACGAGGGCUCUCUUUGAGUGGCAACAUGCUUAUUAUGGUCACAGGCCUCUCACAGCUGGCCAGAGCUUUCACCGUCUCCGUCGACACAGAAAAAUGUAUGGUCGAUUAACGAAACCUUGCCAAGCAACAAAUCUGAAAUGGUCACAGAU